GGCAUAAACACUUCGCCGCCAUUAUGUUGUAACGCCAUAGUUUUUAUUCAACAAAAAAUUUUUCCAAAGAAACAAUAAACAUUUUUUGCAUGUGGUGAAAAUAGAUUUUGAAAAUAUUGAAAAAAAAUUUUUUUUCAACAAUAAAUUAAGUGUUGUGCAUUUGUGAGAAUAUUUCUCAGUGUUUUUCACUGCCUUACGAAGCCAAAUUGAAUUAAAAAUGUUAAAUCGAUUAGAUGACUUUCAAAACUGAUGUAGUGUUUUUUAUAAUGUAGCUAUCAGUGUCGAAGAAAUUUUGCACAUCUACUUUUAAAACAAGUGACAAAUUUAAUUUCGUGGAGAGAGAGAGAAAAAAAAACAAAAAUGGACGACGAGGAAGGAUCAUCGAGUUCAGGACCAAUGUCCUCUUUAAAUAGUUUAUUUUCCUUCACAAGUCCCGCAGUAAAGAAAUUACUUGGUUGGAAACAAGGUGACGAGGAGGAGAAAUGGGCUGAGAAAGCUGUUGAUUCACUAGUGAAAAAAUUAAAAAAACGAAAAGGUGCAAUCGAAGAACUUGAACGCGCAUUAAGUUGUCCUGGAACACCAAGUAAAUGUGUGACAAUACCACGAAGUUUAGAUGGUCGAUUACAAGUUUCACAUCGCAAGGGUUUACCACAUGUGAUUUAUUGUCGUGUUUGGCGAUGGCCCGAUCUUCAAUCGCAUCACGAAUUAAAACCCCUUGAACUAUGUCAAUAUCCAUUUUCGGCGAAACAAAAAGAAGUUUGCAUAAAUCCUUAUCAUUAUAAACGUGUCGAGAGUCCAGUAUUGCCACCAGUUUUAGUGCCAAGACAUUCUGAAUUUGCACCUGGACAUUCGCUUCUACCAUUUCAACAACUUCCCGAGCCAACAAUGCCACACAAUGUGACUUAUUCGACAAGUGGAUUUAAUGCUGGCAAUACAAAUGUAAAUCCAACAUCGCCAAUAUCGUCGGUGAGCUCAGUUCCAAGUCCAGCAAGUUCGAGUAAUCCACAAAGUCCCUAUGGAACUAAUGGCUUACCUGAAACACCACCGCCUGCCUAUUCACCACCUGAAGAUGGUUCACAACAUGGACAAUCACCACCACCUGAUCCAGCGGCAAUGGACACUGGUAAUUCACCUGCAGUUGCACCUGUUUGCUAUCAGGAACAACCAUAUUGGGCAUCAAUUGCUUAUUAUGAAUUGAAUUGUCGUGUUGGUGAAAUAUUUCAUUGUCAAAGUCAUUCGGUGAUUGUCGAUGGUUUCACUAAUCCCAGCAAUAAUUCCGAUAGAUUUUGCCUUGGACAAUUGUCAAAUGUCAAUAGAAAUUCAACAAUUGAAAAUACAAGGAGACACAUUGGUAAAGGUGUGCAUUUAUAUUAUGUUGGCGGUGAAGUUUAUGCUGAAUGCCUCUCGGAUUCGGCUAUUUUUGUACAAUCAAGAAAUUGCAAUCAUUUCCAUGGAUUUCAUCCGAGUACAGUGUGCAAAAUUCCACCGGGAUGUUCACUUAAGAUUUUUAAUAAUCAAGAAUUUGCAUCACUUCUUUCGCAGAGUGUCAAUCAUGGAUUUGAAGCUGUUUAUGAAUUGACGAAAAUGUGUACAAUAAGAAUGUCAUUUGUAAAAGGCUGGGGUGCCGAAUAUCAUCGACAGGACGUAACUUCGACUCCUUGUUGGAUUGAAGCUCACUUGCAUGGACCAUUACAAUGGCUUGACAAAGUUCUCACCCAAAUGGGAUCACCUCACAAUGCCAUAAGUUCCAUGUCGUAAAAACAUAAUUGCAAGAGACAACAUAAACGUGAGAGAAAAAUAAAAUUUAUUUCCUUAAAUUUUUUGCAAAUCAUAUUUGAGAUUUUUCUCUUUCUGAUCAAUAUAAUGACAAAAAGAUGAAUCUAUACAUAAAACUCAAAUUUCAAAAAGAAAAUAAAAUCUCAAAUAUAGAGUUAUAAUAAUAAUAAUAAUUUAAUCGAAUAAUCGAUGAUGAAGAUAUUAUUAUUAUUAAGUGAAAAAAAAAAUGUUUUAAAGCAAUUUUGCCUCAAAAAAUAAAAUGUAUAGGUAUAGAUUAUUCUAU